AUGUCUACGAGAAUAGCAGAACGCCUAAAGGGCAAGACCAUUGUCAUAACAGGCGCUUCCUCUGGCAUUGGAAAGUCCACCGCUAUAGAAUUCGCGCGUACACAACCGGAUGAUUUAAAGCUCAUCCUAACCGCUCGUCGAGAGGACACGCUGAAGGAGCUUGCGAAAGAGAUUGAAGGCUUCGCGAAAGGCGUCAAGGUUCUGCCUGUAAAGCUUGACGUGAGCAAGCCGCAAGAAGUCCAGAGCUUCGUAGGAAACCUGCCGCAGGAGUUCAAGGAUAUAGAUGUGUUGGUCAACAAUGCAGGCCUCGUCAAAGGCGUAGCCCAAGCGCCCGACAUUUCCGCCGCUGACAUCGAUGUCAUGUUUGCUACAAACGUAACCGGCCUGAUUAACAUGACCCAAGCCAUCCUCCCCAUUUUCAAAGCCCGCUCUACCCCCUCUGGCGAUAUUAUAAAUAUUGGCAGCAUCGCAGGCCGGGAGCCGUACCAAGGUGGCAGUAUUUACUGCGCUACGAAGGCAGCUGUGCGGUCUUUCACAGACGCCCUGCGCAAGGAGUUGAUCGCAACAAGGGUUCGCGUCAUCGAGAUUGACCCCGGGCAGGUUGAGACGGAAUUCAGCGUUGUCCGGUUUGGAGGAGACGCAGAGAAAGCGAAGAAGGUUUAUGAGGGUGUGGAGCCGCUGACGCCGGAGGAUAUUGCUGAGGUGGUUGUGUUUGCCGCAGGGAGGAGGGAGAACGUCGUACUUGCUGACACACUGAUCUUCCCUAACCAUCAGGCUGCGGCUACAGUUAUGCAUAGGAAGCCUGCUGGACAGUAA